AUCAAAAACGAACGACAAAGUCAGUCAAUAAAGUUUCAAUAGUGAAAAUUCAUCACUUUAAUUGUGUUCAACCGUGAAUAUAACAACAAAAUGUCCGAAGCCUACUUUGAUGAAUAUGAGCAUUACAAUUUUGACCACAACAAGCACAUUCAUUCGGGACACAGUGGAAAACAACGUACCAAGAAGGAAGCUAGCGAUCAUACCAAUCACUUUGAUCCCAGCGGACAUUCCAGAAAAAUAUUAACCAAACUUAUGAACACUAACAACAACAAAAAGACUUGCAUGGCAAAGAAUUAAAACUAAAAUUUGAAAUUAAAAAGAGUAAACGAAUUUUAAAGUGCAUAAAGCAAAAAAAAAAGUAGUAAAGCAGACCUACGCGUUAAAAGUGGAUGAAAGUUUAGUUCAGAAAAAAGAAAUCAGAAAUCAGAAGAAGAAAAAGUUAAAUAAAAAAUAAGGAGUCAAUAAAAUUUGGCAACACAGCACACAACAAUUUAAAAGAAAAAAAAAAUAAUUAAAAAAAAAGCAAUAAGGUAAGGAACAGCCAAACACUUGUGAAAGCUGCAACGCAGACGACACAGGUUUUGGUCUGUUUCCUUCAGAAAACUAAAGAUUUAGCAAUUAACGUAACAAGAAAAAAUUAUUAA